AUCUGUCACAUGAUUUCAUAUUUAUGCCUUAAACCUGCAUAAGACAGCAAGCAGUUGCAGAACACACUAUUUCAGCCGCAUCUCAACCUCAACCCAACCCGCUUAUUAAUACGAAACCAGCAGCCGGUUUCGAGGACGUGGCUGCACGCUUCACAGGAUUCAAACGAGUUUACGAAGGAGACCGGCGCCUUUCAACCAGCAGAAAAAGCUCCACCUCGCAGCACCUUCACCUUCAUCUUCUUCCUACCAGCAGCACGUCGAGUACUUUCCUGCAACUGAGCAGAUUAACGCUAUAAUUGAUUGACUCUGCAUUGCCGGUUAUCUGGAAAUGGUCGUUCUCGCAGCCUCGGUCUGCACUCGCGGCGGCAAAGCCGUUCUGUCGCGUCAAUUUCGCGACAUGCCAAAAUCUCGGAUCGAAGCCUUACUCGCUGCGUUCCCGAAGCUGACCCACAAAGGCACUCAGCACACGACGGUCGAGGACGAGAAUGUCAGAUACGUCUACCAGCCGCUCGAGGAGCUGUACAUGGUGCUCAUCACAAACAAGCAGUCAAACAUCCUCCAGGACAUUGAUACCCUGCAUCUGUUUUCGCAGAUUGUGACCACGCUGUGCAAGUCCUCGGACGAGCGUGAGAUCCUGGCGAAUGCUUUCGAGCUCCUGAGCGCGUUCGACGAGAUAGUCGCGCUCGGAUACAGAGAAAACUUGACGCUUUCACAAAUUCGGACGAAUCUCGAGAUGGACAGUCACGAAGAGAAGAUUCAGGAGAUUAUUGCCCGAAACAAAGAGCUGGAGGCCAACGAAGAGCGCAAGCGCCGCGCAAAGCAAUUCGAUAUGCAGCGCCGCGAGGCCGCCAAGCGCGGCACCCCGUCGUUUGCCUCUCGUUCGUCGUCGUUCCCGUCGCACGGCGACUACGCGGUCUCAGCUGCCGCGCAGACCGCCGCGCACGCCGAGUCCUCGUACGACGACUACCGUCCCGGCGGGGCGGCCACGAAGCCGUCUGCGCCGCGAGGAAAGGGUAUGCAGCUGGGCAAGAAGUCCAAGGCGACGGAUAUGUACGAGCAUGUGCGUGCCGAGAUUGGAAUCGAGGACACGACGCCGACGCGGACUCCCGAGCCCGAGCCGGUGUCGCGCACGUCGGCGGCGGCGUCGCCUUCGCCCUACGCGGACAACGACGGCAUCAUCGUCUCCGUCGUCGAGGCCGUCAACGGCCAGUUCUCGCGACUGGGCGAGAUCGUGAACGUCGAAGUCCGCGGCGACCUGCAGCUGCGCAUCGCCGACCCCGCCGUGUCAAAGAUCCGGCUCGCGGUCGAUCUGCCUGGUAACGUCGCUUCGUUCAAGACCCAUCCCAACGUCGACAAGGCGCUCUUCAGCUCUUCGAAGCUCAUCGGCCUCAAGGACCCCGCGCGCGGAUUCCCCUCCAACAACAACCCGCUCGGUGUGCUGCGGUGGCGUCUGACCGGAGCCGGCGACGCCGCCGGCGCGGCCCUGGCUCCGCUGGGCAUCACCUGCUGGCUGAGCGACAGCGGCGCGAGCACGUUCCAGGUCACGAUCGAGUACGAGCUUCGGGCAGAGGACGCCGUGCUCGAGAACGUAAUCAUCACAAUCCCGAUCCCGAGCGAAGCGGCGGAGGUCAAUUCGAGCGACGUCGAGUACAUGCACGAGGGCGACCACAUCAAGUGGAUCAUCCCCGUCAUCAGCGAAGCAGAUGGUGCGUCGGGAAGCUUUGAUUUCACAGCAGAGGCCGAUGACGAGAAUGAUUUCUUCCCGAUGGGCGUCUCGUUCCGUAAGACGACACCGUUCGCGCCGAUCGACGUGCGCGAUGUCGUCUUGGUUGAGAGCGGAGAGUCGGUCGAGUUUACAAAGGAGGUCAAGGUCGAGACUGACAAGUAUGAGAUUGUCUAAUUCUUUUGUUUCAAUGUUUGUUUUCUUUCGAUGUAUGUUGUUGUUGUUUAGAACCGUGGCAGGAUUAGUGCUGCGUGUAAAAUUGUCAUUAUAAUAUGUUUUCGUAAUGUCCUACUUUCUGAUCCUACUGUAGUCAUAUUGUUCAUGCAUGUAGGCA